CUUGGCCAUAUACUACUACUGUAUAUUGACAGUUCGAUUGUUUGGCCGCAAACUCUGUAGCCUGACAUGUCGAGUAGCGCAUUUAUCGUCGGCGGAGAGCUGGUCCUUGCCGCAGUGGCCUCUCUCUGGGUCAUAUACUACCAAGCUCCCCUUGCACAUGAAGAGUACGUGUCGUCCUACGCGUUGCGGCCGCCGCCGCGGCUGAUUGGUCGGCUUUUCCACUUCAGCGCGCUGGUGUACUUUCUCGUGGUGGCCAGUGCUGAUCUGAAGCAGACCAACGGGUCGUGUUUGCUCUAUUACACGUUCUGGAACUUUAUGUUGCAAACCGUGUACUGGGUGUGGGCCCUUGUCGACCCUAAGCGAACGAGUCGCGCGCGGUCCAUGUUCCUCGACCUCCUCUUGCCGACGAGCAUGGCCACUGUUGUGGUCGUGUGGACAAUCCUGUACCCUCUCAUGGGAGACGAACUGCAAAAUUGGAUCAGCUGGACCCAGCAUGGGGGCAACCUCGCGCUCUUGCUCAUCGAGUUUGUCUGCAGCGACGUGCGGUCUGUACCAUUGGGGACGGGCGCCCUCGUUGGUUUGUGGGCCACGACGUACGCGACGUUUGCGUGGGUAGUGCACAGCUUUUACAACGUGUGGUUGUAUCCGUUUUUGGACGUCGAUCAGCCGCUGGCCCCGCUAUGGUAUUUGGGACUCCUGGCGCUGCACAUUGCGUUUUUCGGGUUGGUGGUGCUCUUGGCGGCAAUCAAAGUAUUUAUCGCAGAGCAUAUGCCAGUGGACUUCGACGGAACGUCCAAGCUAUUGCUCCCCAAAGUUACUCCGAAGGCGACCCAAAACCGAUGAAACUCAUAAAUCAAUCAUGCACGUCAACCAUGUUCAUGCUCCUAUGCUCUAUAGUACUAGUACUAGUAUAUCGUAAGGGCACGAUAUAUUUAUUGCAACCACAUGAAUGCUGA